UCUUCCUGCUAUAAUAAACGUUUCGGAAUUGGAGAUGAGUAAAAAAAUGUUAUGCUUACAGUGCAUUAAAAAACUAUAAGCAAAAUGCACUAAUUUCGUAAAAAUGUUUUAAAGAAUUUUUUUUAUAAAAUUUUAUUUUGAACUUAGAAGUAAAAUAAAAGUUGAAUAAUAUAAUAAAGGAAUAUAUUCCUAGUAUAAUGAAUAGAAAUGAAAUAACUUACAUGAACGAAACAAUGAUUUUAUGCGUGUUUGCACUUAAGUAACUAGAUGUGCAUAAUAUUAAUUUAGUGUUUCUGUGAUGUUUUUAAUCUUAUUUGCGCAUCUGAAAUACAUAAUCCAUAUACAAAUUAUUAUUUUUGUUAAAUUUUAGUUCAAGCAAUUUUAAAAAUUUUGAAAGAAAUUUUGAUAUUUUAACCAUUGGUUUAAGUUUUUGUGUUUUGUUAAUAAGUUUUACGAUGUUUUUAAAGUGAAGUGAAAUCAGAAAUAUUGAAAGUCAAAAAAUUAUAAAACUUAAAUAUUAAGGAAAAUAUUUUUUUCUUUUAAAAAGAUAAUUACAUAAUCAAAAUUUUGACUGAAGGAUCGAAAACUCCCCUUAGGGCUGUCGCACUUGCGUCUUACCUAGGGGACGAAUUUCCCAUUUCAAAUUCCCAAACUCAACCAGUAAAGGAUUUAAUGGCAUUUGGAUCUGUUUUACAACAUAAUAUUGGCAGAGCAGAACCGUCGGGGGGAAUAGGAGAUUCAUGCGCAGGCUGCAGUAAACCAAUUUUGGAUAAAUUUUUAUUAAAUGUUCUUGAAAGAGGUUGGCAUGCGAGUUGCGUGCGUUGUUGUGAAUGUCUUCAACUAUUAACAGAUAAGUGUUUUAGCAGAGAAGCUAAAUUGUACUGUAAAAAUGAUUUUUUUAGGAGAUAUGGAACAAAGUGCAGUGGAUGUGGACAAGGAAUUGCCCCUUCAGACCUAGUUCGUAAGCCUAGAGAUAAAGUAUUCCACUUAAAUUGUUUUACAUGUUGUAUAUGUAGAAAACAAUUAAGUACGGGAGAACAGCUUUAUGUUUUAGACGACAACAAAUUUAUAUGUAAGGAUGAUUAUAUGUUGAGUAAGGGUCAUCUUUCUCUUAGUGAUUCUUUGAUGGGCUCGGGAAGUGAAGAUGACGAUGAUGAUGACUUACACAUAAGAAAUUCAGUUAGUACAAUUGAUUCAGUUGGAACAGAAUCAUCAUGUCCUAUAGGGGCUUCUGAAUUAUCUGUACAAACUAUGAAUUCCGAUAGUAAACAUGCGCAGGAGGAUUCAGACCAGUUACACUUAGCUAAUGAUGAUUUUGCGUUUCUGAACGAAGAUGGCGAAAAUGAAAUAGAUGUCGCCGAGUAG